GGUUUUAAAGAAAGCAGAGCUGGCUGGUUCUUGGGACAAAUGGCCUGGGUGGGUAGUCUGGGACGGCCCGGCAGAUCUUUUGUGUGGGUGAGACCUCCUGGCUCCCUCCCGCCCUGGCAGUCUCUUCCUGGAGUCCUACCUCGCACGAGCCCCCCUCAAACAACAGUGCUUGUAUUGGGGCAAUUACGGGCCUUUUGGUCGCGUGGCUGCCACUGGGCAUGCCCAGUCCCGGGUCACGUGAUGCCUGUCAUGGCCGCCUCCGUGGCCUGGGGAGGCGUGAGUGCUGGGUUUCUGCUGCGGGCGGCCAGGGGAGCCUGGUGGAGCCGGCCUGGGGGCUCUCGGGGGUCUGGGGAGGCGGCGACGCCAGUGACAGCCAGAAGAUUCCGAGCGACAGGCUCGCGCCAGGCAGGGGAAGAAGAAGCUGGCGGCCCCGAGCGGCCCGGGGACGUGGUGAACGUGGUGUUCGUAGACCGGUCAGGCCAACGGAUUCCCGUGAGCGGCAGAGUGGGGGACAAUGUUCUCCACCUGGCCCAGCGCCAUGGAGUGGACCUGGAAGGGGCCUGUGAAGCUUCCCUGGCGUGCUCUACCUGCCACGUGUACGUGAGCGAGGACCACCUGGACCUUCUGCCUCCUCCUGAUGAGAGGGAGGACGACAUGCUGGACAUGGCCCCCCUUCUUCAGGAGAACUCCCGGCUGGGCUGCCAGAUCGUGCUGACUCCUGAGCUGGAAGGGGCUGAAUUCACGCUGCCAAAGAUCACCAGGAACUUCUACGUGGACGGCCAUGUCCCCAAGCCCCACUGACCCAGGCAGCCGCACCACCCGGGACACCCGGGGCCUCGGCCAGGACUGGAGGAAUAAAUAGCCAAGUCGCCAGCCCAGCCCAGAGCAUGGACAGGCCCGAGAGAGAUGUUGGAAGCAACCAGAAGGCCAAAGCCCCUGCUUCAGAAAGAUCCCAUGUCCAGGCUCUGGUUUGGGGGGCGGCCUCCCCCACGCUCAUGAGAAUCAGUGUGUAGAUGGGGUGGAAUGUGACUGGAACAACAAUAAAACUGUCUCACAGGC